AUGCAGCUUAAAACACUUCUCUAUGGCUGUGGCCACAACGUCUGCCUCAGAGCUGCUUCUAGUCUGGGCGACGACGACUCGGGGAAGAACAGUGAAGUUGCAAACACUGACUGGAUCUAUCUUCUCGAUCCUUCUCAGGGUAAUGCAGGUGGUGCACCAGCUGAUGCUACUGCCGAUGGUGGGAUACAGAUUUCUGUCAAUGAAGCUGAAAGUGAAGUUGCAGCUGAAGUUUCAGAUGCUGCUCCUAAGAAAGUUGUGCCAGAUGUGACUGCUCCUGUGGUUCAGAGCCCUGCCAACAUGCUGCCUGUAUUAGUUGUUGAGAAGCCCAAGCUCCAAUCCAUCAUUAUUAAAGAUACUCCAGCAGUCACUGUUGCUCAUGGCUUGUUCCCUGCAGCUCCGAGUGCUCCUCCCCAGGAUCUUGCACUACCUAUCAUAAGAAAGGUACUCAAUUUCUUAUCCAAAACCCCUAGAUCAUGUCCCUUUGCAUCUCUCACUUUACUGAAUAUUGACUUUGACACUGUCAUACCUCCUUACUUCAAUGAUCCUCUAAUCCUGGCCCAUCUGGCAUUGCUCUUGCCUCCCCAGAUCAUGGAACUAGCUGAGGGUCUAAACAACCUGCUUGAUGAGGAGGAUGAUCUCUUUGAGAUCAUUGCUGAAGAAUUCACCCCCACGCAAGAGGAGGGCCACCAGAGCCAAGGAACAGAUCGAUGA